AGCGUGGUUGUGGUGGAAGAGUGUUUAGAGUUUGCCAUUAGGUCUUGAAGCGGGGCAAAGGAACCACGUCUACUUUCGCAGCUUUCAAGGCCGUCAAAGCACACCUCAGCCUGACAAAAAACAUAAUGAAACAGGCCACUACAUGAGCUUUGAAGACGGAGGAGUUGACGUUAGAGUGACUUUCUUUUUUUUUUUUUUUUUUGGAAGCUCGAGCUGCUUCCUCGUUCGGCAGAGAGGCGAAAUAGCUCAACAUCCUCACAAAGAAACUUUGCUUCGCUAGGCUGCUAACUCGCAAAACGACCCAGGCAACAGCAGCAAAAAAAAGUAUCACCGGCGACGGCGUUCGCACAAUAAAACGUCCGCCUGUCGAGUCGAGCGGGGUAAAAAAAAAAAAAAAAAGCUUUUAAUUCGCCUGAAAGUGCUCAUGGCUCCGGAGAGAAGUUUGUAACGGUUCCGAGUAAUCAUCAUCAUCACCACAGGAGGAAGAGCUGCAAGCCGGGGCCCUUCCAGCUGCUGGAGCCGGGCUGCUAGUUUUUUUUUUUUUUAAGCUAGUUCGUUCAAAGUUGCCCCGGUUCGGUUGAAGGCAGACAUGUCCGGCCGAAGUGGAGGUGGACAUCCCCGGCCUGGCUCCCUGGGUCCGCAGCCCCUCAAGGCGACUGUUCCCUUCAGGCUGGCCAGCAAACCGCGACCCAACCGGAAGGAUGGGAAGUCAGCUGGAAAGACCAAACCGCACCAGCUGAGCUCGGGCAUGAGACGGACGAUGUCCCUGGACGCCAUCAUCGGGCCCUACUUGCAGGGCCACUGGCCGAAAGAGCCCGAAGCCCACUGCGGUCCGUCCUGCAAGGACAAAUCAACCCAGACCCCAGACUCAUGGGGGGAGAAGUCCCAGAGAAGGCGAGGCGGCAGCAGCGGCCACAGACGGUCAGCGUCUUGGGGCAGCACUGAGCAUCUGCGAGAGAUCACGAAACUAAAACAACAGCUGCAGCAGGGGAGCAAGCCUGCAGCGUCUGGGGCGCACGACAGAGAUCGUCAGUGUUAUCCUGAUGGGAGCUGUAGCCUAGGAGCCACUCAGACUCAGCCGGUUCCCAUCCCGCUCUCUCCCCUGUCCACCCUGGUGCCCCGACUGCGCUGCAGUGUGGAGGGCCUCAACCAGGAGCUGGAGGGCAUGUUCAUCAGCCCGUCUCCACCUCCGCAGCACAGGCUACUUGAAGUCCCAGACGGUCACCGCGCUCCCGUCCCUCUGCACAGCUGCAGCAGAAAUUCACAAAGCGACUGUGCCACCACACCUCUGUCCUCCUCCUCCACCUCCUCCUCUCCCUGCUCCUCCCCUCGACCCAACUCUCUAGAUGCUGCUCUGGACCCUCACCAAGGCUCGGCGGAGAAACGUCCGUCGUCUCCGGUGUCCUCUCAGAGCGAGGCCGAGCUGCCUGUACCGCCACAGAUGUCCUCCUCUCCGGGGCUCAACAAAAGUUUCUGCUUCCAGAGAGAGCCUCCAGAGGGCUGCGAGAAAGUCCGGGUCUGGGAGGAGUUCAGUAUUCCACAUCAACACAAGCAAGCCCUGGCCUCCUCCUGUCCGGAUCCCAACAAGGUGAACUUCACCCCCCACGGAGGCUCCGCCUUCUGCCCCGUCAGCCUCCUGAAGCCCCUCCUUCCCUCCAUGGACCUGUUGAUCCGCGGCCUGGCCGUCUCUCCCGUCGGGAGCUGUUCCAGCCAGGGAUCCGGCUCCUGCCAGGCGGCCUCCUCUGCAACCCGGGGCUCCUCUCCAGACCCGGCUGCGACCUCCGCCGUCCUGGGAGGCGGCUCGUGAGCGGGCCUCGCCGUCUUGAUCGCAGCUGCAGCUCUUUUCUGUGAAAACGAUGAUGCAAAAUGUUUAUCUUGGGUGAGGAGGGGUCUUCUUGUUUCCAGUUCUAAAAUAACCUGAUUACACGAGUAACAUUGGAGGACAGGGAGUGGAACAACACGCGGUGACACUCUACUACGGCGUGAACUGCUGGGUGUUUGUGACGAGGCCGUCAGGAAUCGUUUCAAAGCUUUUUCCACUUUUUUUUUUUUUUUUUUUUUUUUUUUUA